CCUGAGGGACUUUCCUACAACCUAACACGUAUCUUUUUUCUCUCGUGUAACUCCUGCGUGACACCAUGACUAUCUCUGCUGAUACCAUCCCCACACAACAACGCGCCGCAGUCCGCAAAGGGACCGGAGCAUCGGCCACCACAUCCAUCGAGACAAUCGAUGUCGAACGCCCCGGACCUGGGCAGAUCUUGGUCAAAAUCACAUGGACCGGGCUGUGUGGGUCGGAUAAAUCACUUUUACAAGAUGAGUGGGAGGAUUUCGGGCUGACGAUGAAGCCCGAGGCUAAAGGCAUUGCCGGCCACGAAGGGGUCGGGAUUGUUGUUGUUGUUGGGGAGGGGAUGGGAAAUCGGUGGAAGAUAGGAGAGCGGGCUGGAGUCAAAUGGAUUGCUAGUACGUGUGGCGAGUGCGAGUUCUGUCUUACUGGUGUGGAUGAGGUGCACUGCGUGAAUCAGUUGAAUAGUGGGUUCUCGGUUCCUGGUACCUUUCAGGAAUAUUGUAUUGCGGAUGGACGGUAUGCAUCUAAGAUUCCGGAUGGCGUGACGGAUGAAGAGGCUGGGCCGAUGAUGUGUGGUGGGGUGACAGUUUAUGUGGCCUGCAAGCGGUCGAAUGUCAAGGCCGGUCAGUGGCUCGUGCUUCCUGGAGCGGGUGGUGGUCUGGGCCAUCUGGCCAUUCAGUUUGCGCGCGCUAUGGGCAUGAGGGUCAUUGCCAUCGAUGGAGGAGAGGAGAAGCGGGAGCUGUGCCAGAAGCUUGGAGCGGAGGUGUUCAUUGAUUUCCGGGAGACGCCUGAUGUUGGGGCCGAGAUCAUGAAGAUCACCAAGUAUGGGGCGCACGGGAUCAUUGUGACGGCGGCCACCAAGGCUGUUUAUGCGGCCGCUCCAGGAUAUCUUCGGCCAAAUGGCACAUUGGUGGCAAUUGGACUGCCCAAGGAUGCCACCAUCCUGGCUGGUGCACCCCCGAUGCUGAUGGCAUUGAAGAAACUGAACGUGGUGGGAUCCAUUGUCGGUACUCUCAAGGAUGUAGACGAGGCCCUUGAUUUCACUGCAAGAGGCGUUGUUCACCCUGUCUUGACCAAGGGUAAGUUGGAUGAUCUGGACUCGUGGGUUGAAAAGAUGGUUAGUGGCCAGCUGGCUGGUCGUGCUGUCCUUCAGGUCACAGGAUCCAAAUGAAGAUCAAGAUUCAGUUAUCUUGGAUUAAAUAUAACUCAAACAUCCUUCAUGCAAAUGAGCAAGUAGCAACUCGUGUUGUAUGUAUAUCUUGACGACAAUUCCGACCCAACGCAACAAGUCUUCAAAGGCAAUAAAAUAAGUCUC